UAUUGGCCUGUAUUGAGUGUAUUGGCGGAUGCAGAUAUUUUGUUGUAUAAAUUGGUUGGGUGAAGAUUUUGCGUUUUUUAACUUACUAAUUUUGUUCCUAUAUUACUUGUUACUUAGGUACUGAUCCUUUUUUUUAGAAACAAUGAAUAAUAUAGAUGAAGAAAUAGAUUUAAAGUCCCCAACAUAUGCUGCUUUUAAUAACGAAUCAAUAGGUCUAGAACGUGUUAGACAAGAAAUAAAUAUUUCUGAAGAAAAUAUAAAGGGAUCAUCAGAUAAUAAGUUUGAAUUGUCAAAGCAUGCGCAGAAAAAUAUCCGUAAAUGUCCCAUCUGUGGCAUACCAAAACGAAAUAUGUCCCAACAUAUGAGAAUUCACUUGGCACCGGAAGAACGACAGUGGUUUGCAUGUACACACUGUGACAAGAAAUAUAGAUCAAAACCAGUGUUACGACAUCACCAUGAGACCAAUCAUAUUGAUCCCAGGUCAACGGAUGCGCAGAGGAAUAUGCAUAAAUGUUCUAUUUGUAGCUACCAAACACGAAAUAUGUCAUAUUUUAGACGACACCAGAAAAUUCACUUGGCACGAGAAAACCGACAGCUUUUUGCUUGUGCGCACUGUAGUAGGAAAUAUACGACAAAAAGAAACUUAGGACGUCACAUUGAGGAUUAUCAUAUUGAUUCCAGGUCAAACGAUGCGCAGAAAGAUAUCCGUAAAUGUUCCAUUUGUGGCUACCAAACACGAAACGUGACACAAUUUGGACGACACCAGAUAAUUCACUUGGCACCAGAAGAACGACAGUUGUUUGCUUGUACAUUCUGUGAAAAGAAAUAUAGAGAUAAAUAUUGGUUAAAAUAUCACAUUCAGAAGAAACAUCAUGAUUCCAGAUCGAAGAAGGAACAGAAAAAGAUCUAUCGAUGUUCCUUAUGUAGCUACCAAACUCCACGUAAGUUCCGUUUUGAAACGCACAACAACAUUCACUUACCACCGGAAGAACGACCGAUGUUUGCCUGUACGCAGUGUGACAAGAAAUAUACGUCAAAUAAGGGUUUACAAGAUCACGUCAAGCGUGAGCAUUCCAGACUGGAGGAAUCGCUGAAAAAGUUCAGAUGUUCCACAUGCGACUACCAAACACUACGUAUGGCAAACCUAAGACGACACGAGACAAUACAUUUGGCGCCAACAGAACGACAGCUGUUUUGUUGUACCCACUGUGACAGGAAAUUUAGAGCAAAAGUCUAUUUAAAACGUCAUCUUGAGCAUCAUAUUGGUUCCAGAAACGCUGAUUGUAUACCUCCAAUUGAAGAAGUGAUAUUAGAUUCCUUAAAAAUAGAAAUUAAUGAUCACGCUCUACUUUCGGAUGAGUUUAAAAAUGAUGAAUGUCCGGCUAUGACUAAUGAAGUAAAAUCGGACGAUUUUAUAAAAACAGAACCUGAAGAUGUCGUUUUGAGUCUGAAUAAAGACACGCAUGAUGACUUUAAAUAUUCUGAAUGUUUAUCUGAGACCAAUGAAGUAAAAUCAGAACCUGAUGAUGUCGCUCCGGUUCUGAACAUAGCAAUGUACGAUGACUUGAAAAAUACUGAAAAUUUAUUUGUUACUCAGAAAGUGAAGUUAGAAGAUAUUAUAAAAAUGGAACCUGAUGAUGUCGCUCCAGUUCUGAACCAAGACAUGUACGAUGACUUUAAAAUUGCUGAAUGUUCGUCGACUAAUGAAGUAAAAUCAGAAGAUUUUAUAAAAACUGAACCUGAUUAUGUCGCUCCGAGUCCCGAAGAGAAUAAAAACAUGCACGAUGACUUUAAAAACUCUGAAUGUUUAUCUGAGACCAAUGAAGUAAAAUCAGAAGAUUUUAUAAAAACAGAACCUGAUUAUGUCGAACCUAUAUUAGUCUGAAUAAAAACAUACACGAUGACUUGAAAAUGUAUCUGUAACUCAGAGGGUGAAGUUAGAAGAUUUUAUAAAAAUGGAACCUGAUGAUGGUGUUCCGUUGCUGAAUGAAGGCGCAAAUAAAUGAAACUAGAAUCUAUUGAGCUCUAUGAUUGGGCUAAAGAACUAACCGACGACGAGGAAGGUCAAACAGAAUUUUCUAGAAAACGCUCGUACAUCACUAUCUCAUCGCGCGUCUUUAUACUCGUAUAAAGAUCACCGCAUUAGAAGAGAGCAUAGAUAAAGAAUAUAUAUACUGGAAGAGAGACAGAGUACAUCUCCACCGAGAGCCUCGCUCCGUGUUGUUCGUUACCUCGAAAUAUUUCGUAUAGGCCAAAUAGGGUUCUUUUGAGACAUCAAAGGACCGGGACUCGAAAUAAAAAUUCCCGGUUCUUUCAGUACCGAAAUUUUUUUUACUCGUUAACAGUAAUUAAAAAAUUAUUUUUUCUUACAUGAGAAAGUUCAUUGAUACUCAUAAAUAAAUAGUGAUGUUAUCUCUUA